UCAGAAUGUAAAAGUUAAUCGAUUAAUGGAGCAGAUUAGUAAACCUGCUAUACCACGGAGGAAUACAGUUCCUGUAUGCCCAUACUCUCGGCUCUGGUUCCAGCCAGCCGCUUAUGACUAGUUUUCUAUUAAAACGCUCUGUACUAUAACCCUCUCCGGUCCAGCCGAGUUGCGCUGCGCGCAAAGAGUUGGCGGUAAACGCGAAUAUGUAGUGAGGUUUAUAGGUGCAGUGGAUGCAGCUCUGUUGCAGUUAAAGUUAACGUGGCCGCUUGGGGAGGCUGCGUAUAAAACAACGGGUGUUAUUUAGAAUUGUGGUUGAUAUUGCUCGAGAAAGUUGAAGUUGAUUGUUACAAUGGCUGAAUUGCCGUGUGUCAACGUGCUGGUUUCUCGUACAGAUGAGUAUUUCAGAUGUAAAUCCGAUUCAAUUUCAGAGAUGCUCUUGAAGUAUCUCGAGGAUUUGUCCUCUCAUCAAGAUAUUAUUCUAUAUGAUCAUGUUAGCAGAGAUGCCAACAAAUUAUACGUGUCUCUUCAUCAACUUAUAUCAAAUUUAGAACCAAACUCUAGAGUAUUGUGGGCUGCAGUCAAAGUAUUUGAGAAAUUAUGCUGUGAUAUGUUUUUUCACAAUGCUUUGGUACCCAAUCAUAAAUUUAUUGCUCCUAUUGCUGAGUUACUGGUUACAAAUUUGACACUUGACCAGAAGCUGUGUGUGUUGAGAAUCUUGCUGGUAUUGACAAAGCCAAUGGAUAUCUUAGAAAGGGAACCCUCUUUGCGAAUUAUAACUUCAAAAUUAAUAGAAUAUAUAAUGACUGAUGAAAUGGAUGUUGUUAGGUUGUCAUUGAUGGCUCUUGUUAAUAUCUGUCGCAGUAAUUCUUCUGUCAUUUAUAAUCUGAAAAGCUGCAUUACAGGAAGAUUUUUUCGGGCUCUUAUGAAUAUUCAAGAUGAUAGAAUCUGUACUAAAAUACAGAUGUUGCAAUUGCUAUUUUUACUUGAGCCAAUCUCCUUGGCUGUAGAUGGCCCACCUGAUAUAUCAAAAACUGUAAUUGAUAUAACUUUCUCAACCAUGGUUGACGCUUGUAACACUGGGGAACUCUUACUUCUGAGUGAGAUUGCACAAUUUUUUGAGGAACUUACAUUCCUUCCCACCUAUGUUGAUUUUCUUCGUAAUUAUCAGAGGUGCCCAGAAUACACGGAAAAUAUUAUACAGUUAAUGAGAGGAAGUGAUUUGGAAAAUGUGGGUAUACUCCUUGAUUUCAUAAAAGCCCUAUUGUCUGUGAAUAUUCCUGCACUUCUUCCAUUAUAUCCACAAAUUGUGGAAGAAAUUUUGCCAUGGAUUGAAAAUGACACUGUGUGCACAAAAGUUCUUCGUAUAUUGAAAAUCGUAGUUCUGAAUAUGGAAAAUGAUAUGUUAGUGUACAACAGCAUCAUUAACUUACUGGAUGAGUGUCUUCCGUGUGUAGUUCGGCUCUACAAUAGUGCCAGAGAAGUUUCUGUGAAUGGAGAGUGUUUCAUUGAUGUUUUACAAUUAUUUCAAGAAAUAUUUAAAUUUGAGCAAAUGAAAAGCAAAAUUGCUCAAGUAGUGAAGUUGCAGCAUAUGGAAGAUGUGUUUGAUGUUAUUCCAACAGUUUAUGAAGAAUCUAAAUGUUGUAAAAGUAUAUUGUUGUGUACCAGUGCAUUGACAUUACUUUCAAGUCUUGCCCAAUAUGAUAUGGCUUAUCUUCAUUUGCAUGAUAAACUGUGUUCCUCCUUUGAUAUACAAAGGAUUCUUGCUGCAGGCCUUUGUGAAGAUCAGACAAGAAUUCAAGUCUUAAAACAUGCCCGUGCUCUUCCCGAAGACAGCCUCGCAGGUUUGGCCAGAAUACUGUCAGGAAAUUCAUCAAUGCAAAUUCAAUCUAUGGAAACCAGUACGAAUAGUACUUCAAGUUUUACAAAUAAUGCGACUUUGAAUUUAACAAAAGGUGGACAUGUUGAUGAGCUUGUAAAAGAUGCAGUGCAGAAACUGGAUAAAAAGGAGAUUAAGAGUCUUACUGUAUCAUCUGUGAUGUCAUUAUUUGAAUACAAAGUUGCUGCUGCCUCACAUUCUGAACAGAAUUUGUAUUCCAACCUUGAGUUAGCCCAAAAUCAUUGCACUGAAUUGCAGCAGACAAUAAUGGAGAUGGAUACUCGUGUUCAACAGAUGCGUGAGCUGCUUCUCAAGAAUCAGCAAUGUGCUGAGAUUCUAAAUGUAGAAUUACAAGAGUUAACACACAUUAAAGAAGUAGACCGUGUUAAUUAUAAAAACAAUGUAAAGAAAUAUCAACAGGACUUGACUGACAAGGAAAAAAUGCUCAGAAGAAAACAAUUUGAAUCUGAAUCUUUGAAAGAUAAAUUAAAGUCCAUCCUUGAAUCAAAGAGAAACCUUGAGAUAAAUUUAUCUGCAGUUCAAGAUGAAAUUGCUGCAACUACUAGUAUUACUAAUGAACAUUCUGUGCAAAUGUGUGCUCUGGAACGAAAACUAAAAGAAACUGAUUCUUUUUAUAAUGAUCUGAGUGAAAAAUUUGAACUUCUGGACGAAGCCCAAGAGAAAAGCAAGAGCAUCCUAACAGAGCGUGAAGCUGAAGCUGCUAAUCUCAGGAAAGAAAAUACUUCUCUAGAAAGGGUAUGUGUUUAUGUUGUUAGCCCAUCUAAAAUUGUAAAUUCCUCUGAGAGAAACAUUUUCUUGAAAAUGUUAAAAAUUAUGUCAAAAACACAGUGCUACCUGAAAACUUGCAUUCAGAUAUGAAUGAUAUCAAGAAAUUAAGAAAUUGCGAGAAGAAUUGUCGGAUCUGAAGCGUAUCAGAGAUCUUAUAGCCGAUAUAUCAAGUGGGAAGAAAGGGAAGUGAAUGAAACAUAGCAUCUUUUUAGUUGUGUGUAUGAUAAAUAUAUAUUUUUACUUGUCAUAAUAAACUUGCCUUUGUAUUGGUAAGAUGAAACGAUGUUGAUAUUGAGUUAUUAAAACAAUUGUCUUAAAAAAUAAAUUAUAUUUACUGUACAUGCUCAGAGCACUGAAAAAGCCAAAUUUUUGUAUCAUUCAGAAUUUUGGAACUUGUAUUUUAAUGGAAGAUUAUAGAAACUAGUAUAAAUAUAUUUUUGUUAAAGUAAUUUUUGGUACAUUAAUGUAACAGACUUCAUUGCCUUGUGUAUAAGGAAUCGUGGAUAACAAAAGACCUCUUUGACAACAGUUAUUAUGAAGUGCCAAAAGUUGAAGGAUUAGCCCUCUUGACUUACCAGGCAUUUACCUGACAACACAAGAUCAGUAAUGGCCAAUUGGUCAAAAGGGCCUUUGCCCUUCUAUUAAAGGUAGAAGGUUGCCUCUUGCAUUGUGUUUGAUGUAUGUUUAGUAAUCUGAUGAUUGAUGUCAAUAAACUGAUAAAUUUUAUGUAACAAAGAUAAAUGUGCCAAUAAAUUUAAAAAAUAACUUUCUUCCUUGUA